AUGGCUUAUACUUUGCGAAAAUCAUUUUUUGUGUUCUUUGCCUUGUUACUCUGCGCCAUUACAGCAUUAUCUGAUGAUGAAACCUAUGCUAAAAUCCUCAUAAAGUUCAAGAGCUCUAUCUCCAACACAACCAUGCAGAAUAGCUGGAUUGAACCAGUGGAAAACUUGUGCAGUGGCUACAAACCUAUCUGGACAGGUUUAGUUUGUGAUAAUGGUACAUUUACAGAAACUUGGGAAGUUAAAAGUUUGUAUUUGGCUAAUAACAGAUUCAAUGGUGAUAUUCCAGAUGAUGCUUUUUCAGGGAUGAAGUCUAUGAGGAAAGUUGUGUUGGGAUUCAAUGAACAUGUUGGUAAAAUUCCUAUGUCUUUACUGGAAUUGCCGAGGCUCGUAAAUUUGCAGCUUCAAAAUAACCAGAUUGAAGGAAGAAUACCAGACCUUUGGCAGAAGAAUUUGAUUGUUAAUUUUGCUAAUAAUAAGCUUGAAGGUCCAAUACCAUCUACACUUAGUAGCCAGAGUGCAAGCUCGUUUUCGGGAAAUAUCAACCUAUGUGGUAAGCCAUUGGAGCCAUGCAAACCAAAGAAGUCUAUACCAAAAAUUGCCUUCAUUAUAUGAUGUUAAAGUUGAAACUUUUAAAUUU